UUGUUUUUGUGUUCACAGGCCAACUUCCAGAUCUGUGCCAUGGAGGAAGAAAUGAACGCGCUUUCCGAGUCCGCCGGCCUAUUUGAGGUGAACUUCCCUGAUUACAAACAGCUUCGUGCAUGCCGCCGUGAAGUGUCCCUUCUCAAACAGCUCUGGGACAUGAUUGAAGUUGUUUUAAGCAGCAUUGACGAGUGGAAGUACACACUGUGGGCCGACAUCAACGUAGAGAACAUGGAAAUGGAGUGUAAGAGGUUUGUGAAGGAGAUCCGGGGACUUGACAAAGAGAUGCGUGCAUGGGACGCGUUCACUGGACUGGACUCUACUGUCAAGAACAUGGUGACGUCAUUAAGGGCUGUGGGAGAGUUGCAGAAUCCGGCCAUCAGGGACCGCCAUUGGCAACAGCUUAUGCAGGCCACUAAAGUGAAAUUUGUGAUGAAUGACGAUACAAACUUAGCUGAUCUGCUGGCCCUCAACCUGCACAACUUUGAAGACGAAGUCCGUGGAAUCGUGGACAAGGCCACAAAAGAACUGGGAAUGGAAAAAGUGCUGAAGGAAUUGGAUGUCACUUGGUCGCAGAUGGAGUUUGAAUAUGAAAGCCACUUAAGAACCGGUAUCCCAUUACUCAAAUCAAGCGAGGAAUUGAUUGAAACUCUUGAGGAUAACCAGGUGCAACUUCAAAAUCUAAUCACAUCCAAGUACAUCGGGCAUUUCUUGGAAGAAGUCUCUUUGUGGCAGAAGAAGCUGUCUGUGUCAGACUCUGUGAUCUCCAUUUGGUUUGAGGUGCAAAGAACAUGGUCUCAUUUGGAGAGUAUCUUCAUUGGCUCUGAAGAUAUUCGUAACCAGUUACCUGAGGACUCCAAGCGAUUCGACGGAAUUGAUGUUGACUUUAAGGAACUGAUGAAAGAGGCCGCGGAAAUCCCGAACGUGGUCAAUUGCUGCAACAGAGAAGGACUGUAUGAGAAGCUGGAAAACUUGCAAGAAAGGUUGUCACUUUGUGAGAAGGCCUUGGCCGAGUAUCUGGAAACCAAACGUCUUGCUUUCCCGCGCUUUUAUUUCGUGUCGUCUGCAGACUUGCUGGAUAUUCUCUCUAAAGGCAACCAGCCUAUUGAGGUUAGUCGUCACUUGUCCAAGUUGUUUGACAACAUGGCAAAACUGAAGUUUGUAGAUGAUGCUGAUGGUAACCCCACUAAGGAAGCUGUUGGGAUGUACAGUAAAGAAGGGGAAUAUGUGGACUUCAACAAGCCUUGCGACUGUUCAGGACAGGUUGAAGUGUGGUUAAACCGUGUAAUGGAUGCCAUGCGCGCUACAGUCAAACAUGAGCUUUCAGAAGCUGUUGUAUCUUAUGAAGAGAAACCACGUGACCAGUGGCUGUUUGACUACCCGGCCCAGGUCGCCCUGUGUGGAACUCAAAUCUGGUGGACCACAGAAGUCGUGCUAGCUUUUGGAAGACUGGAAGAGGGAUACGAGAAUGCGCUGAAAGACUACUACAAGAAACAGGUUGCCCAGCUUACAACAUUGAUCAACAUGUUAAUCGGCGACUUGUCUAAAGGCGAUCGCCAGAAGAUCAUGACCAUCUGUACAAUCGAUGUGCACGCUCGAGAUGUGGUGGCCAAGUUGAUCCAUCAGAAAGUAGAGAACGCACUGGCUUUCCUAUGGCUCAGUCAGCUCAGACAUCGCUGGGAUGACUCCAUAGCUCACUGCUUUGCUAACAUCUGUGACGCUCAGUUCAAGUAUUCCUACGAGUAUCUUGGAAACACGCCUCGUUUGGUGAUUACGCCUUUGACUGACAGGUGUUACAUCACUCUGACCCAGUCCCUUCAUCUAACCAUGAGUGGUGCGCCUGCAGGCCCCGCUGGAACCGGAAAAACCGAAACUACCAAAGAUCUGGGACGAGCUCUUGGAAUCAUGGUGUAUGUGUUUAACUGCUCCGAACAGAUGGACUACAAGUCGAUUGGUAACAUUUACAAAGGACUGGCACAGACAGGAGCCUGGGGCUGUUUUGAUGAGUUCAACCGCAUCUCAGUAGAGGUGCUGUCCGUGGUCGCAGUUCAAGUGAAAUCCAUCCAGGAUGCCAUCAAAGAUAAGAAGAAACGCUUCAUCUUCCAAGGAGAGGAGAUCGUGUUGGUACCGACUGUUGGUCUCUUUAUCACCAUGAAUCCUGGAUACGCCGGCAGAACUGAACUGCCUGAAAAUCUCAAGGCUCUGUUCCGACCAUGUGCUAUGGUGGUUCCUGACUUUGAACUGAUCUGUGAAAUCAUGUUAUUGCGUGACUUUAACAUCCCUAAGAUCGUCACGGAUGACGUUCCUGUCUUCAUGGGAUUGAUCGGUGAUCUCUUCCCUGCUCUGGAUGUACCAAGAAAGCGUGACAUGGACUUUGAAGCUCUUGUGAAAAAGUCUGCCCUGGAUCUUAAACUACAAACAGAAGACAGCUUUAUCCUCAAGAUUGUACAGCUGGAGGAGUUGUUGGCUGUGAGGCAUUCUGUGUUCGUUCUCGGUCCCGCGGGUACGGGUAAGACACAGGUUAUCAAAACUCUGAACAAGACCUACCAGAACCAAAAGAGGAAGCCAUUACUACAUGACAUCAAUCCUAAAGCUGUGACGGCUGAUGAACUGUUCGGAUUUAUUAAUCCGGCGACCAGGGAAUGGAAAGAUGGUUUGUUUUCCACCAUUAUGCGUGAUCUGGCAUCAAUCAACAAUGACAGUCCUAAAUGGAUUGUGCUUGACGGAGAUAUUGAUCCUAUGUGGAUUGAGUCACUCAACACCGUGAUGGAUGACAACAAGGUCCUCACACUGGCCAGUAAUGAACGUGUUCCCCUCACUCCAUCAAUGAGGCUCUUGUUCGAGAUCGGCCAUUUGAAGACUGCCACUCCCGCUACUGUGUCCCGUGCCGGAAUUCUCUUCCUCAACUACGCUGAUGUUGGAUGGAAUCCGUAUGUAUCAAGUUGGAUUGACACACGCGAAGUUCAGUCAGAGAAAGCUAACUUGCAAAUCCUGUUUGACAAGUACGUUCCCAUCUGCCUAGACACGCUGCGCGUGCGCUUUAAGAAAAUCACGCCUGUUCCCGACAUCACCAUGGUAACCACGCUGUGCUACCUCCUGGAGUGUCUGUUGAACCCUACCAACACUCCACCUGACUGUAACAAAGAGCUGUAUGAGUUGUACUUCGUGUUCGCUGCUGUGUGGGCCUUUGGUGGAGCCAUGUUUCAGGAUCAGCUUGUUGACUACCGAGUGGAAUUCUCCAAGUGGUGGGUGACUGAAUUUAAGACCAUCAAGUUUCCCUCGGCUGGUACUGUGUUUGAUUACUUCAUUGACUCGGAAACCAAGAAAUUUGUGCCGUGGACAGAGAAAGUUCCCAAGUUCGAGCUGGAUUCUGAGAUGCCAUUGCAGGCCGUGCUCGUGCACACUCAGGAAACCAUUCGAGUGCGGUACUUCAUGGAUCUCUUGAUGGAAAACCGCAGACCCAUCAUGCUCGUGGGCAGCGCAGGCACGGGCAAGACCGUGUUGGUUGGCGAUAAGUUUGCAGCAAUGGAUCCAGAUAACGUGAUCGUGACAAACGUGCCUUUCAACUACUACACAACAUCCGCUAUGUUGCAAUCCGUGCUGGAUAAACCGCUGGAGAAGAAAGCUGGUCGAAACUACGGACCGCCUGGAACGAAAAAACUGAUCUAUUUUAUCGACGACAUGAACAUGCCCAUGGUUGACACCUAUGGCACAGUACAGCCUCACACUCUCAUAAGACAGCAUUUGGAUUACAACCAUUGGUACGACAGAGCUAAGCUGUCGCUUAAAGAGGUUCACAACUGCCAAUAUGUUGCUUGUAUGAAUCCCACGGCUGGUAGCUUCACUAUCAACCCUCGACUGCAACGCCACUUUGCAGUAUUUGCCAUCAGCUUCCCGGGACUGGAUGCCCUGAAGACUAUCUACCUGAACAUCUUAAAUGGACACAUAAACGCUGCAGGCUUACCACAAGCAGUGCAGAAGAAUUCUGAGAAACUUGUUGAUGCAGCUGUAGCCAUGAACCAGAAGGUCACUUCAACUUUCUUGCCUACUGCUGUCAAGUUUCACUACGUUUUCAACUUACGAGACUUGUCCAACAUCUUUCAGGGAAUCCUAUUUUCUUCAGCCGAAUGUGUAAAGACGCCGAUGGAUCUUGUGAGGUUGUGGAUGCACGAGUGUGAUCGUGUUUACAGAGACAAACUUAUAGAAGAGAAAGACAUGGAGAACUAUGACAGAAUACAACAAGACAUCACCAAGAAGAUAUUCGAGGACUUUGACGAAGAAGCUUUGUACGCCAAGCCUAACAUGUUCUGUCAUUUUGCGAGUGGAAUUGGAGAGCCGAAGUACUUGGCAGUCCAAGGCUGGGAGUCGCUGAACAAACUACUCGUCGAGGCACUGGAAAACUACAAUGAAGUGAACGCGGUUAUGAACCUUGUGUUGUUCGAUGACGCUAUGCAGCAUGUUUGUCGUAUCAACCGUAUUCUGGAAUCUCCUCGUGGUAACGCCUUGUUAGUGGGUGUUGGUGGUAGCGGUAAACAGAGUUUAGCUCGUCUGGCCGCCUUCAUCAGUGCUUUGGAAGUGUUUCAGAUUACGCUGAGGAAAGGAUACAGCAUCCCAGACCUGAAGCUUGACUUAGCAAACCUGUGCACCAAGGCAGGGCUGAAAAACAUCGGCACUGUGUUCCUGUUGACGGACGCGCAAGUUCCAGAAGAGAGUUUCCUUGUUUUGAUCAACGAUCUGCUGGCUUCUGGUGAGAUCCCAGGUCUGUUCGCUGAUGAUGAAGUUGAGAAUAUUAUCUCCGGAGUCAGAAAUGAAGUGAAAGGUGCUGGACUUCAAGACACAAGAGAGAAUUGCUGGAUGUUCUUCAUUGAACGAGUGCGACGAAAUUUGAAGGUUGUCCUGUGCUUCUCUCCCGUGGGUUCCACGCUGCGUGUAAGGAGUCGUAAGUUCCCGGCUGUCACUAACUGCACGGCCAUUGAUUGGUUCCACGAGUGGCCCCAGGAGGCUUUGGUGUCCGUCAGCAAGAGGUUCAUUGAUGACUUGGAACAGCUUGAGAAUGAGGUGAAACCUUCUGUUGCCGAAUUCAUGUCGUUUGUACACACAAGCGUGAACGAAGAAAGCCAGCUGUAUUUGGCAAAUGAAAGGCGCUACAACUACACCACUCCCAAAAGCUUCUUAGAACAGAUUACCUUGUACCGAAAUCUUUUGAAAAAGAAGUCGCUUGAGUUAAGUCAACAAACCGAACGUCUCGAAAAUGGUUUGCUAAAGUUACAGAGUACAGCUUCUCANGUAGAUGAUCUGAAAGCCAAGCUGGCCUCCCAAGAAGUCGAACUCAAACAGAAGAACGAAGAUGCGGACAAACUGAUUGAAAAGGUUGGCGUCGAAACUGAGAAGGUUAGCAAAGAGAAAGCGAUUGCUGACGAAGAAGAAAAGAAGGUUCAGGUCAUUGCUAAAGAUGUGGCUGAGAAACAGAGGUCUUGUGAAACGGACUUAGCUAAAGCUGAACCUGCUCUGCAAGCCGCUCAAGAAGCUUUGAACACACUGAACAAGAACAACUUGACAGAGUUGAAGUCGUUUGGUUCGCCACCCUCAGCUGUAGUUAACGUCACAUCUGCUGUUUAUGUGUUGCUUUCUCCGCCCAAUAAGAUUCCUAAAGACAGGAGCUGGAAGCAGUGCAAAAUCAUGAUGGCCAAGGUUGAUCAAUUUUUAGACCAGUUGGUGAACUACGACAAAGAAAAUAUUCACGAGAGUAACCUGAAGGCAGUGCAGCCAUACCUUGACGAUCCUGAGUUUGAACCAGACUUCAUCCGCUCCAAGUCUGGUGCUGCUGCCGGUAUCUGCGCAUGGUGCAUCAACAUCAUCAAGUUCUAUCACGUAUUCUGUGACGUAGAACCCAAGAGACAGGCCUUAGCCGCUGCUAAUGCAGAGCUGGCAGCUGCAGAAGAGAAGCUGUCUAAGAUCAAGGCAAAGAUUAAUGAGCUCGAUGAGAACUUGGCUGAGCUCACGGCAUCAUUCGAGAAGGCCACGGCUGAGAAAUUGAAGUGUCAGCAAGAAGCCGAACAGACAGCAAUGACGAUCGAGCUGGCCAAUCGAUUGGUCGGCGGCUUGGCUUCGGAAAACGUCCGCUGGGCCGAAUCUGUGGCGAACUUCAAGGAGCAGGAGAAGACCUUACCUGGGGAUGUGUUACUGACUACUGCGUUCGUGUCAUAUGUGGGCUGCUUCACAAGGAAAUACCGUGACAAUCUUAUGCACGAGAAGUGGCUUCCAUUCUUGAAAGGACAGUCGGUUCCUAUCAAGAUCACUGAAAACCUCGAUCCGCUGACCUUGCUGACUGACAACGCGACCGUGGCUACGUGGCAGAAUGAGAACCUACCGAGUGAUCGAAUGAGUACUGAAAAUGCCACCAUCCUGACGAACUGCGAGAGAUGGCCGCUUAUGAUCGAUCCACAGUUACAGGGCGUAAAGUGGAUCAAAACCAGAGAAGGAGAGGAACUCCGAGUCGUCAGGCUGGGACAGAAAGGAUAUCUGGAUGCCAUUGAACGUGCAGUAGCAAAUGGCGAUUGUGUACUCAUUGAGAAUAUGGGUGAGAAUAUGGACCCAGUGUUGGAUCCUCUGGUCGGCCGAAACACUAUCAAGAAAGGAAGGUACAUCAAGAUGGGUGACAAGGAAGUCGAGUAUCACCCAGACUUCCGUCUGAUCCUUCACACCAAACUGGCCAAUCCACAUUACAAACCUGAGAUGCAGGCCCAGACCACCCUUAUCAACUUCACGGUCACACGUGAAGGCUUGGAAGACCAGCUGUUGGCCGACGUUGUUCGUAAAGAGAGGCCUGAUCUCGAAGAGACAAAGGCUAAUUUGACCCAACAAAUGAACCAAUUCACCAUCAAGAUCAAAGAGCUAGAAGAUUCCUUAUUAGCCCGUUUGUCUGCUGCCGGUGGAAACUUCUUGGGUGAUUACGCUCUUGUGGAGAACUUAGAGACAACCAAACGAACAGCUGCGGAGAUCGAGGUGAAAGUCGCCGAGGGAAAAACUACAGAGGUCAAGAUCAACGAAGCCCGCGAGCAGUACAGACCAGCGGCCGCACGAUCAUCAUUGUGCUACUUCAUAUUGAACGACCUCAACAAGAUCAACCCGAUCUACCAGUUUUCUCUCAAGGCAUUCAAUGUAGUGUUUCAAAAGGCUAUCGACAAAGCUGAACCUGCAGAAGAAGUGAAACUCCGAGUGAACAACCUGAUCGACUGCAUCACGUUUUCAGUGUUCAUUUACACCACACGAGGAUUGUUCGAAAAGGAUAAACUGAUCUUUACUGCUCAAGUAGCGUUCCAGAUUUUACUCAUGAAGAAAGAGAUCGUACCCCAUGAGCUGGAAUUCCUUCUUCGUUUUCCUGCCGCCAUGAACGUGACCAGCCCUGUAGACUUCCUGAACAACCUCUGCUGGGGCGGAAUUAAGGCACUGAGUAACAUGGAAGAAUUCCGUAACCUGGAUCGUGACAUUGAAGGAUCAGCCAAAAGAUGGAAGAAGUUUGUGGAGAGCGAGUGUCCUGAGAAAGAAAAAUUCCCUCAGGAGUGGAAGAACAAGAGCUCUUUACAGAAACUAUGCAUGAUGAGGGCUCUGAGGCCUGACAGAAUGACAUAUGCCGUCAGCGGCUUUGUUGAAGAAAAGAUGGGUGCAAAAUAUGUAGAAAAUCGUCAAGUGGAGUUUGCAAAGUCGUACGAGGAGAGCGGGCCUGGGACCCCAAUCUUCUUCAUCUUGUCCCCAGGAGUCGAUCCGCUGAAAGACGUGGAGGCACUGGGCAAGAAACUCGGCUUCACAUUCGAUAACAAGAACUUCCAUAAUGUGUCACUUGGACAGGGUCAAGAAAUUGUUGCGGAACAGAGUUUGGACUUGGCCGCUAAAGAAGGACAUUGGGUCAUUCUGCAGAAUAUCCAUCUUGUGAAGAAAUGGCUGCCGACUCUGGAGAAGAAACUUGAGGCCUAUAGUGAAGGAAGCCAUGAGAAUUAUCGAGUGUACAUCUCCGCUGAACCGGCGGGUUCUCCUGAUGCUCACAUCAUACCUCAAGGAAUCCUGGAGUCAUCCAUCAAAAUCACUAACGAACCGCCUACUGGCAUGCAGGCCAAUUUACAUCAGGCUUUGGACAACUUUAACCAGGACACGCUGGAGAUGUGUGCCCGUGAGAAUGAAUUCAAGAGCAUUCUGUUCGCGCUGUGUUAUUUCCACGCGUGUGUUGCUGAGCGCCGUAAGUUUGGUCCUCAAGGAUGGAACAGGUCGUAUCCGUUUAACACUGGUGACUUGACCAUCAGUGUUAAUGUACUCUACAACUACCUUGAGGCUAAUGCUAAGGUUCCCUGGACUGAUCUGCGUUAUUUGUUCGGUGAGAUCAUGUAUGGCGGUCAUAUCACAGAUGACUGGGAUAGAAGACUGUGUCGAACUUACCUGGAGGAGUACAUGAAACCAGAUAUGCUUGAAGGCGAGAUGAACCUUGCUCCAGGAUUCCCCAUUCCUCCCAACUCGGACUACAAGACGUACCACGCCUACAUUGAUGAAGCAUUGCCUCCAGAGAGUCCAUACCUGUACGGUCUGCAUCCUAAUGCUGAGAUCGGCUUCUUAACAGCUACUUCGGAUAACUUGUUCCGUACUGUGCUUGAGAUGCAGCCCAGAGACGCGGGUGCUGGAGGCGGCGGAGGACAGACUCGGGAAGAAAAGGUGAAGCAGGUUUUGGAUGAAAUCUUGGAGAAGUUGCCAGACGAGUUUAACGUGCAGGAAAUGAUGGCUCGUGUGGAAGAUCGUACGCCUUACACUGUGGUGGCCUUCCAGGAGUGUGAACGGAUGAACAUCUUGACAAGCGAGAUCAAACGCUCGCUGAAAGAGCUGGAUUUGGGUCUCAAAGGUGAACUGACCAUCACCGCUGACAUGGAGGAACUGGGUAACUCUCUCUACCUGGAUGAUGUCCCAGAAUCCUGGACGCGCCGUGCCUAUCCGUCCAUGUCAGGCCUGGCUGCAUGGUUUGUGGACUUGCUGCUGCGAAUCAAAGAGUUAGAGAGUUGGACGUCGGACUUCUGUCUUCCAAACGUUGUUUGGCUUUCUGGUUUCUUCAAUCCACAGUCUUUCCUUACUGCCAUUGAGCAGUCUAUGGCAAGAAAGAACGAAUGGCCUCUGGACAAGAUGGCACUUCAGGUUGACGUCACGAAGAAAAACAAAGAGGAUUUCAACAGUCCGCCCCGAGAAGGUGCUUAUGUGCACGGAUUGUUCAUGGAGGGAGCCCGAUGGGACACACAGACUGGCAUGAUAGCAGAAUCAAGACUGAAGGAACUGACUCCUGGUAUGCCAGUCAUGUUCAUUCGCGCCAUCCCAGUCGACAAACAAGAAACCAAGAACGUUUACGAGUGUCCAGUGUAUAAGACGAGGCAGCGAGGCCCCACGUACGUGUGGAAUUUCUACCUCAAGACCAAGGAAUCCCCGGCUAAGUGGACACUCGCAGGAGUCGCUUUGUUAUUAAGCGCUUGAAUCCAUGUGUUUAUUCUUGAGUGCUUUCCACUUACAAGUGUUAACCGUUGUUGCUCACAUUAUUGUUUAACCUUAGAAACGUCUUUUCGAUUGACAAUAGAGUGUGGAGUUUUUUCCCUCAGUUAAAUUCAUUUCUAGGUGCUAGAGACACUUCCUAUGUUAUACGUGUCAACCAGAGUUUUACGAGGAUUUUGCUAAGUUUUUGAUGAUGGAAACAACAAAACGUUUCACUGGGCCAUGCUUUCAAGUUUUACUUUAACUUUCUUUUUUUGUUUUAUAGUUUCGGGUGUCAGUGAUAUCCACUUACGUCCCAAAUAAACUCAUUUCUCUUCUCGGCUCUAAAGUUUCUUGUACUCCACGAGAAUUCAUUCUUUAUUUGGUACUGUAGUUCACCUGAAGAGCCACCUAUUUUUGUAUUCAUUCAUUACGCUUCUCUCGCUUGAGUCCCAGAUAAAACUAAGUCGUUUAUUGUUUUUUCGCCAAGUUGUACUGUUGUCGUCUUUCCUUGCGUGGCACUUUUAAAGUGCAAAACUAUUUAUGUGUACAAAUUGUUUGUGAAAUAAAAAAGAGUCUUACGUAAA